AAGCAUGUACUCUUCCACCGAAAUGUGUAUUUAAAUACAGAGUGUAUAUUUAUGACAGCACUUUUUAUUUUUGGGUGGAGAUGGGUGGAGAGAGGUGGAGCUCAGAGGCAAAAAUAAAAGGACAGGACAGUGAAAUCCAGUUGCAUACAGGAAGAAGAAGUGAACAGUGAACGUUCGGUAAAAAAAAACACUGAAAGCAAAAUAAAGCAUUACGAAAUGGAUGAGAAAUACAUUUCUAUAAUCUUGUUUUUCUCAGUUAUAUGUGGUACAGGAGCAUAUAUUCCUCAUCGCUAUCACUUUGUGAAUGAGAGUAAAACCUGGACUGAAGCUCAGACUUACUGCAGAUUGAAUUACACUGAUCUGGCAACCAUCAGCAACAUGGGAGAGAUGAAGAAGCUGAAUCACACACUGAUGAAGGAAAAUGCAAAGAAAGCUUGGAUUGGUCUACAGAGAGUGGGACCCUGGAGAUGGCUGUGGUCUCUGGAAGACCAAACUUUCUACAGAGACCGAGUCAAUUACACACACUGGCAUCCUAAUGAACCAAAUUAUGCUGGGGGAAAAGAGUACUGUGCGGGAUAUAAUAAGGAUGAUACAUUAUGGAAUGAUAACCAAUGUGAAACGUUGUUACCUUUUGUAUGUUAUGAAGAAAAAAACACAAACACUAAUAAAUAUGUAUAUAUUAGUGAUAAAAAGAGCUGGUACGAUGCUCAGACCUACUGCAGAGAGAAAUACACCGACCUGGUCAGUGUGAGGAACCAAACUGAGAAUGACGAGAUCAGGAGUGUGGUUAAUGUUUCACACAGUACAAAUAAUUGGAUCGGUCUGUUUAAUGACUCCUGGUAUUGGUCAGAUCAGAGUAACUCCACAUUCAGAUACUGGAGAUCUGACAAACCCAGUGGAAGUUUGAUCUGUGCUGCAGUGUCUGAGUCUGAGCAACGUUACUGGACUGAUGUGGACUGCACAGAAAAACUCCCGUUCAUCUGCCAUGAGAAUAAACUGAUCCUGAUUAAGGAGAAUCUGACCUGGAAAGAAGCUCUGAUAUACUGCAGGAACCAUCAUCAUGACCUGGUCUCAGUUCGCUCUGAGGAGAUGCAGCUCUGGGUGAAGGAAGUGACUCAAAACGCCUCCACUAAACACGUGUGGCUCGGCCUGCGUCACACCUGCGCUCUGGGCUUCUGGUACUGGGUGAAUGGAGAGAUGAUCUGCUACCAGACCUGGGCUCCAGGUAACGGGACAGGGUCUGAAGACUGCAGUCAUGAGGAGAGAACAGGAGCAGUGCAGUCUGGAGGAGAGCAGAAGUGGAUCAGCCUGCCUCAGAGCCAGAAACUCAACUUUAUCUGCUCUACCUAUGAAGGUUUGUCACUGUAGUGUUUCUGUUUGUAUUAUCAUAAACAUCUAAUAUUGUGAUACUUACAAACAGGUUGAAGACAUAUUGUGGUCUAUCAUCUGUAUGAACCAUCAGUAGAUCUAUAUCAGCAUCUCGGUCUUAUUUCUUAUAAACAUUUUAACUCCUGUCUAUCCAAAUGUUUAAUCCCAUGUCUAAGCCAUUCAAAUUAUACUCACAAUGUUAUAUUAAUUUCUUCAUUAAGGUAAACAAGAUUGUUUAAUGCGUAAAUUUACAUUUUACAUACAUCUUUCAUGUUUGCUGUACUCAUUAUAAUGUUUUGUUCUUUGUAACUGGAUAAUCAGCUUUAUAAUAUUUAGUUUAUAUGAAAAGCACAAAUGUCAUAAUUACAGGAUGUUUGUUACAUAUGAAUUACGUUGAUGUUAAACAUAUUGAUUAAAGGUGCAGUUUCUCUUGCUUAAAGGUGGGGUCUCCGUUGUUUGAGAAAUGCUUCAGAAAACUGAGUCGGGCCGACAAACAAAACAAAUACGGAACUAAUGUGUAGGCAAUGAGCAGAAAGG